UAUGCUCGCUUCCGCUUCCGUUGUGUAUUAGGAUUAAGUUGCAGUUAACGGUGCGAUUACGAAAGCGAUAGCGCAAAGAUGGUCGCGGUAACAUACGGGCUGCUUACAAAUGACACUGACAGUCUAUCACCGACGCGGCCUCAGGCGCACGUGUCUCUGCUCCCAGCAAACAUACGUGUUGCUAACGAUUAACGAAUUGAAAGUAUUUUAUUAAAUUAUUUAUCAUACGGAGAUGUGUAAAGAAACCGGCCGGUGCUUAUAAACAUAUGUGAUUGUGACGUGACGUGAAAAUAAUUUAACUAUUGUUAUCAACAACAGAAAUGUUAUUGUUUUAUGAAACAAAGAAUGUGUAACCUAAGGAGUGACUCUUGUAUAAGUGGAUAAUAUUGAUAAGAUAAAAUAAUAUUUAUCACGUUCGUAGUUACGAAGUGCAGCGCAAGAGUACUGUGCAAAAAUUGCGUCCUUCCUUUCCAUUUAAGUGCCACUAACGAUAUUUAAACGUACGCAGUAGUUUGUGAAUAAUGCCACAUGAUAGAUUCGCUGAAGAGUUUAAACUAAUAUGCGUAUUAAAGAAAACACUUGAAUGAAAUAAGAAAAAAGUUUUACUAUGACACUGACCAUGGGUGAGCGGUCUGACCAAGCAAUAUCAGAGAACAGCGACGAGGAGAGUGGUGAGGCCUUCACUGAUGGAGAUUUUGAAGAUUCAGAUGAUGAGACGGUUAUUGAACGUAGUGCGUCCAGUAAAACGUCACAUAUCCCCCUCAAUGAAACCGUGAAUUCCGAUAUCAAAAUUAACAACACGAUUGUUGAAACAGAUGACAUUUUAGAGGAACACAUUAAUGGUUAUAAAGAGAAGCUGAACGGCUCUGACGACGAUGAUAUUAAAAAUGUAAAAACAAGCAGCCACAGCAACGGUGAUAAUUCAUUAGAAGAUUUGCAUGCAAAUUCGCAGAGCGAUAGCAAUGGAUCUAUCGUUGGAAUCCUCGGAGAUCAACAAAGUCACGCGGAGCAACGGCUGGCUGCGCGACGAGCGGCGCGGGCGGAGGCGCGAGAGAUACGUAUGAGGGAGCUGGAGCGACAACAGCGCGAGCAGGAGGACCAUGCCGACAAGGCGUAUGAUAUGUACGCAGGCGUAGUACUGCCUAUUACAGAGACAGUGGGUCGGCGGACGGGCAGUCGGCUAGCGGCCAUGAGUCCGAGCGUGCUGCACUCGCCGAGACGAAGCUCGGAGGACUCGGACGAUGUGCUCAGCAUCAAGGACCUCAGGCAUGAGCUGAAGGAAGUCGAGGAAAAGUUUCGCAAAGCGAUGAUCUUAAACGCUCAGCUGGACAACGACAAGGCGGCGCUCGGCUACCAGCUCGAGCUGCUCAAGGACCGGAUAGAGGAGCUGCAGGAGGAGUACGCGCAGCUCCAGCGCGAACACAAGGAGAAGUGCUCGAGUCACGAGCGGCUGAAGCGCGAGCACGCGUCGCUGGAGCGCGAGGUGGUGCUGGCGCGGGACGCCGUGCGCGCGCGGGACGCGGCGGCGGCGGCGGCGGGACGCGCCUUCGUGGAGGCGGCCGCCGCGCCCGACGCGCUCGCCGGCGAGCCGUGCGGCAGCGUGCCGCCGCUCGCGCUCGUGUCGCACCACUCGCAGCAGCUGCUCGACGACGCCGGCGAGGGCACGCUCGACGUGCGGCUGGAGCGGCUGGCGGGCGCGAAGGCGGCGCUGGAGGGCGAGGUGCGCAAGCUGAAGCUGCAGCUGAACGACGAGCGCGCGGCGCGGCAGAACGGCGUGGCGCACCCCGAGCGCGACGUGGACUGCGAGCUGGAGGCGCUGCGCAAGGCGGCGUCCGAGGCCAAGGCCCGCGCCGCGCGCGCCGAGGCCGAGGCGGCGCUGCACGCGGCCGCCGUCGUGCGCCUCGAGGCGCAGGUCGCCCGCCUGCGCGCGCGCCAGGACCACCAGGACGAGCACGAGGAGCUGCUCAAGCAGGAGCGGCGCCGCCUGCAGCGCGAGGCGAGGGAAGCAUUAAACCGAGUCGAGGAGUUGGAAACGGAGAACAGUCACCUCACGAAACGGCUCGACAAACUCAAGAACGCGAAGUCCGCCCUGCUGAAGGACCUGUGACAUAACUGACCGUGCGGAAAAUAUUACGAAAUCACUUCAUAGUACACGAAGACAUUUAGCCGAUACUUUUUUAAAUUUAGAACGUUUUAGGAAUUCUGUAUUUGCAAGCUACGCCACAGAUAAUGUAUGUAAUGGUUACGAUUGAUUAUGAAAUGUCUUUGCUGUAACUUUAUAUAAAACGACCACCUGUGUUUUCCGCGGUCUAUUUUUAUUAUUCUAUGUUAUUCAGUUUAAAUACUUUAGCUGAGUCUGUGGUUUUUAUAAAUGAAAGUUGUAUAUUUUCGAUGGUAGCGAUGAUUGUCCGAAUUUAAAUAUGUUGACGUUUUUCUUAAUCAUUUUGGAAUAAUGAUUAAUUUUAGUUUAAUAAAUUACAUAUUUACACAAAUAAUAUUGAAUAGAAGGAAUCACAACAUACAUUUCUUUAGCAAAAAACAAUUCAACACUGACAAUUAAUUAACAUUAUUUAAUUUCACCUUACAAUAUUCAUAAUGUCUAAAAUAAUAUUUAAUAAAAAAAAACCUUUUUCAUAUUGACGAUAAUAAAUCAUAAGGCAUAUAUAUUUGUUAUUUAUAAUGAUACUAGUUUCUCUGUAAAUGUACUUUUAUUAAUUAUUUGUAAAAAUAUGUGCAUUAUGUUUAAAAUAUAACUGAUUAUUUAUUUGUUACGCAUAUAAUAUAUAUUCGUAUUACUUGUAUAGGUUCUAUAUAAUAGGGUUUUUUUAUUAUUCUAGCUUGCCCAAGUUUCGCUUUGUACUAAUCGAAAAGUUGACAGCGAUCACAUUAUAUAUUAACUUGCCAUUUCAAAUUCGUUAUAUUACUAGUAGAAUCGACCCGAAUAUGAAACAAUAGUUGUGUUUACCCGCCAAGGUGAUGUAUAUAAAUAUUUUAUACUGUAGUUAGACAACUUGAGAAAAGUUCCUCGCUCUAGCCUUAAAUGUUGAACAUUUUGAGGAAUUUUUACCAAGAAUGUAUGAUCGUUAGUGUAGCCAGGGGGCGGUUAUUGCUAGUAGGCUUAGAAAUAGUCGAAAUGCAAUCUUUUUACUUUUGCAUACUUCAAAACUAAAUUUUUGAAUAUAGUCUAGAUUAGAUAGAACAAAACCAGUCGUUUACCAUACCCAUUGUCCCCGAGCCCGCCUUCGGCAAUUCUGGUUACGCGAAUGUGUAUGAAUAAAUAAAUUAUUGCUCAAAAUUGUACUCCAAACAUUGUGAUAGUCGGUAGCGAGUGUACACGUCCAUUAGCGAUCUCCUUGUAAUAGUAUUUCUCGAGGGAUACUUGAAUUUUAUAUCGGAAUAACGUGUAAUUAGCGUUUUUUUUGGAAGUUACCACAAUAAUAUGAUCUACUAAUAAUUGAUUUAUUUUCAUAUGAUAAUUUCUUUUUAUUCUAAUAAAAUUAUUUCAACAAAUGCAGUUUGUAAAAUGUAAACCGUUUAUCUAUAAAUUAAGUCAUUCUUAAAUGCCAAUUUCAUUUAACUACUAAUCUUGGGUUGCGUGCUGUCAAUAACGAACAAUUCAAUGCAUUUUUUUUGCAUUGCGAAGAGCGUUAUAUAAAUAUUGAAUGAUAUGUGUUUAUAAUUUCACGGCCGUCGAUUAAUAGUUAUCUGAUACGUCGUAGAUAGGAAUAGUCACGUACACAGUGCCAUGGCGCACCAAAAUGUAUUAUAGUCGUAGUUUGGUGGUCUAGUUAGUAUCGUGUGGAGAAUGAUUUUUGCGGGUAUAUUGCCUACUGUUAGUUAGAUUAUUGUUUGACAAAAUAUGCUCUGAAUAACGCAGACGUUACCUGCCGGUUCAGACGUUAUGUGUUUGUUUGAAUGUUAAAUUCUACUAGUCAAUAUGGUUAUGUGGAAAUAAAGCGUUUAGCCGAAGUAUACAAAUAUUUAAUAGAAAGACGCCAUCAGUGCAAUGAUACCCUGAGAGUUAGUGUUUCAUGUAGACAUUGUAACGGUAUUAUAGUUAGACUAGUUGAAUUUAACUCCUAUUACAUAUUGACUUUCAGAUUUUUAUAUUAAUAUGACCCAGAUAACUUGUUUUAUUUGAAAAUAUUUAAAAAUAAUCAUUUAACGAAAACCGAAUAUACCUAAAUAGUAAAUAGUUUAUGUAAUGUAUUAAAUAACAUAAGGGAACUAUUAUGUCUUGUGAUUAUGACAUAUUAUUUGUAAUUAAAUGUAUAAUUAAUUUAUCACUGCAAGAUAUAAUAUUUCCCUGACGUAUGUUGCGAGUUGAUUACGUGUGUGAAGUCGGGAUGUAAGUAAUAUAAGUAGGAAUUAUCAUUUUGUAAGUAUGAUGUAUGUAUUUUGGUGCUGCAUUACUAAUUUAUUUCUUUUUAACUGAGAAUGACAGUCUUUUUACAAGAAGCGAAACUGACUUAAAAUGAUGUAUAAAUUUGGAUACUUUGAAUAAAUUUCGCCCUUAAA